CAAUCGGCCCUGUUCUACAAUUCGAUUUUGGUCGAAUGUGAUUCGAUUUCUAUUUUGUGUUGUUCUGCAAAACGAUUCCACAAAAAAAAAUGAGGUUUCAUUCCGACUGCAUACACCCUGGCGGAUUGAUAUCUAUUCCGCUUUUCUUUCCAUUAAAAAGAACUUUUCUCCUUAGGAAAGCUUUAUAAAAUAAAAACUGCAUAUGUUUUUUUCCAAUUUAUGCUUCCAAAAGUAAAAAAAAUUUUCUUUAUUAACUGCAAAUUAUUAAAUAAAAAAUGUUGUUUUGUUUGCCAUUGGUAUGUUUGAUUCAGCUCUAAAUUUGGUCGUGUGAAUGUAUGAUUUGGCAGAAAAUAUUUUUUGACAAGCGGAGCGCACAUUUUUAGGUUUGUAAUUAGCACAGGUGGAUGAUAAAACAAAACAAAACAAAAUUCAUUACAUUGCCGCCAAGAAACAUGGGAAAACACAAAAACAACAACCAAGACAACAUUUUGCUGGAUUUCAUGAGAAAUCAUCAAGACAUUGCCAAAGGGUUUGUUAAAGGGGACAAGGUUGUGGUGGAAGAUCUGUGGAAGGAAUUAAGCGGACAACUUAAUGCGGCAGGUCCUCCAACUAAAGAUGUAUCUAAUUGGAAAAAGACUUGGAUUGACUUAAAAUGCAAUAUAAGGAAGAAGUUGGCUCACAAUAAAAUAGAAACGCGUACUACUGGAGGCGGCCAAUUUAACCAGUAUGUGCUUGCACGCAUAGAAGAAGAGAUAGCAGUUAUUUGUGGCCUACACAAAGUGGUCGAUGGUAUAAAACCUGCUAAUAAUUUUGGGGCUCAAAAAUUGAUGUCGGGUGCGAAUAAAGAAAACUUGGAAAUAAAUACUAUUAGUCAACAAGAAAUACCAUCAGAAAUGGAAGAAAUUGAUGAAGUUUUUGAAGCAUCAACUCCCUCAACUUCAAAGCGUAGGCGUGUUGUUCCCGACAUUAAUUCCAUCGUCGAAGAAGAAAACCAACAUCUAGAUAGAAUCGGAAAUGUGUUAAGUGAAUUGGUGAAACUCAAGGAAACGGUGUCAAAUGAUUUAAAAAAAGUUUGUGAAACUUUGACUUCAAUAGAAUCUAUUAAAAGAGAAGAGCUCCACGAAAUGAAACGCCACAACAUUCAAUUAGAGCGAAGUCUAGUCACCAAAAAUGAGAUCAAAAUAAAAUUUCUGGAGCUAGAAAAGCUAAAGCUUGGUCUUGGUGAAGACUAAAAUCUUGGCAGUUAAAUCUUGCUUUGGACCGAGUGCGUACCUGAACUAAAUGCGAUCUCAAAGUUACAUUUUUUUUCUGUUGUUUUUAUUAUUUUUAAGUAUUUUGUAAGCUUAGGCCAGAGUGGAAAAAAUGGACAAGCAAUUGAAAGUUCCUUAUUUUUUGUUUAAUAAAAGUUUUAAAAAUA